AAUUGAUUUGUUUUACCUUUUAAUUUUAUUUUGUUAUCGAGUGUUGGAGGAGCGUUACUUCAGAUUUGUUUUAGAUAUGGCGUCUAGAGUCUCUGAUCUGAUGAGACUGCAAGUUUCUGUUAGACAAAACCGGAAAGUUCUUGGAGACAUUGGAAAUCUUGUCACUGUCGUGAAAUUUGUUAGACAAAGUUCUCAAGCAUAUAUGGCUGAACAGAUCAGAAGAGAGAUAGCUACUAUGAAGUUGAUUAAGCACCCAAAUGUUGUGCAAUUGUAUGAGGUGAUGGCAAGCAAGACGAAAAUAUUGAUCAUCUUGGAGUAUGUUACAGGAGGAGAACUCUUUGAUAAGAUUGUAAAUGAUGGGCGGACGAAAGAAAACGAGGUGCGGAGAUAUUUCCAACAGCUUAUACAUGUUGUGGACUACCCUCAUAGCAGAGAUGGUGAGGAUCCGGAAGAUGAACCGAUGGAUGACGAAGACUUGAAGCUCUCGCAAAACGCUAUGAAGGGAGAACAGAAUGAGAGCACCUUUCAAGUAAACAAUAAUAUAGCCAAUGGAUCGGGAUGUAUAUUGUUAGGCACAUUAAGCACCCACGAUUUUAUUAGGAGUAGUGUGGCGAAGAAACUAGGGAUUCCGAUACGGAGGCGACCAGACAGGGUAGUUGCAUUGGCUGAUGGUGGUAAGUGUCCCGUUGAUGGCCUAUGUAAGGGUAUUUCAAUGACGGUACAAGGUCAUCAAUUUGAGGCUGACUGUUUCGCUAUUCCAUUAAGCGGUUUUGAUGUGGUCCUUGGAAUACGUUGUUUGAACGCACUUGGACGAGUCAUGUGGGAUGUUCCUGCUCGGACUAUAGAAUUCGUUCACAAGGAUAUGAUGGUUAAAUGGCAUGGAGAAGACAAGGGACCCACAAGGACCCUCUCUAAACUCCAGGAGACGGGUACACCCUUGAGAGAUGGUUUGAUGAAGAAGAAAGAUUUUUACUACGCUUGGAAAUUCACAUAUAACGACAGAACGAUCAGAUUCUACAAGGAGGCAAUCAAUGAGAACAUUACGAUCUAAUUCAUAUUUGCAACUCUUCAGCUCAUGCUUCGC